GAUCGAUGACGAAGCAGCCAAACAAGCGAGGAAGAAGAAGGAAGACGAUCAACACAGAAGAAUGGACGUGGUGAAGGCAGUGCGGCACUACAUCACCAAGAUGGUGUCGGAGCAUGAGGGCAUGAAGGUGCUGUUGCUGGACAAGAACACGACCACCAUUGUGAGCAUGGUGUUUUCCCAGUCCGAGGUGCUGCAGAAGGAAGUGUACCUGAUUGAGCGCGUGGAUGUUGCCCAGCGUGAGCCCAUGAACCACAUGAAAUGUGUUGCGUUCCUGAGACCAACGCAGGAGAGCAUCGAGGCGCUGAUUGCAGAGCUCAAGGAACCCAAGUAUGCACAGUACGACCUUUACUUUUCCAACACGCUGACAUCGUCGCAGCUGGAGCAGCUGGCGCACGCCGACGAGCACGAGGUGGUGCGGCAGGUGCAGGAGGUGUACGCGGACUACCUCGCCGUCGACCACAACCUGGUCACCCUCAACAUCGUCGGCUGCCUCGCCCCUGGCCGCGACUCGUGGCGCAAGCCCUGUCUUGACAGAACAACAGAGGGCGUGGUGUCCAUGCUACUCUCUCUGAAGAAGACACCAACCAUCCGGUUUGCUGGCAAGAGCGACGUGUGCAAGCGGCUAGCGGCGGAUGUCGCCUACAUCAUUGAGCGCGAGGCCGAGCUCUUUUCCUUCCGCCAGACGCACGACACCCCACCCCUCCUCCUCCUGCUUGACCGGCGCGAUGAUCCCGUGACGCCACUUCUCAACCAGUGGACGUACCAGGCGAUGGUGCACGAGGUGCUUGGCAUCCACAACAACCGCGUCGACCUGAGCGGGGUCCCGGGCGCCAGUCGCGACACGAAGGAGGUCGUCAUAUCCGUUGAUGCCGACGAUUUUUACAAGAAGAACAUCUACCUCAACUUUGGCGAGAUUGGCGAAAACAUCCGCACGCUGGUGGCUGAGUUUCAGGAGCGCACGAAGAGCCACGAAAACAUUGAAUCGAUUGCGGAUAUGAAGGCGUUUGUGGAGAGCUAUCCGCAGUUCCGCCAGAUGUCGGGCACCGUCUCCAAGCACGUGACGCUGGUCGGGGAACUGUCGCGCCGGGUGGAGAGCGGAGACCUCUUGAACGUCUCUGAGAUUGAGCAAGAGAUUUCCUGCCAGAGCAACCACUCCGAAGUCGUCCAGAAAAUCCGCGAGCAGCUGUCCAACCCGAAAGUUUCUGCGCAGAACAAGACGCGCCUUGUGCUGCUGUACGCCCUGCGCUACGAGCGCCACAGCAACAGCGCCGUCUCCGAGUUUGUUGAGCAUCUCUUCAGGGAGGGCGUGCCCGACCGCCUUCGCUCGCUCGUCUCUGCCAUCAUCAAGUAUGCCGGCAGCGGUGCGGCUCAGCGCCAGAGCGACCUGUUUGGCACGCGCGGCGCCCGUGGAAUCUUCCGCCAAAUGACCGGCGGCCUCAAGGGCGUGGACAACAUCUACACGCAACACACGCCGCUGCUUGCACAGACACUCGAUCUGCUCGCAAAGGGGCGCCUCAAGGACGCCUCGUAUCCGUUUCUCCGCGGCAGUCCCACCCCAGACAGGCCGCAGGAGGUGUUUGUGUUUAUGGUGGGCGGCGUCACAUAUGAGGAGGUCAAGGCUGUCCACGACUUCAACGACGCAAACCCAGCGAUGCGCGUGGUGCUGGGAGGAACGAACAUCCACAACUUCAAGAGCUUCUGCGAGGAGAUUGAGACAUUUGCCGGCAGCACCGGCGCGGCAUCAGGCCGGGGCCGCUAUGCAUGAGCUUGCGAUGGACGGAUGCGUGGAUGGGUAGGUGUUGGAUGGAUGGACACGUACAUGGAUGCAUGCGUAGAUGGAUGGAUGGGUGAAGGGUGGACGUUUGUGUGGCAUGUGGCUGUGGUGCUGAGGGGCUGAAGUCGGUUGCUUGCGGCAUUUCAACGGGUUUUGUUUUUUGUUGCACAACAACGUGCGCAAGCGUGCACUCUUGUCUUUGUUACCGUGAGAAAGACAACAUACAUCAGAGACUGUG